AUGGAGCUGACAAGAACCCAAAGGAGGAGGGUUCAGAGACAGUACUGCACAUUCCUCAAUAACGAGAAAAACGCACAGGUGCUUCCAAAUGCCAAUUCUGCCAGAAAAGGGAAAGAACCAGAAGUACUUCCCCAGACAGAACAAGCAAUCUCUCAACUACAGAAGUUGACAAAAGCAGAAUCCUCAGAGAAACCUUCUGUCCAUCCUGCCCCCGCCUCAGGAGGUCUACUUGAAACUCCCCAACUAGAGGAAAGAACCGAUCCUAUUUCAGGAGAAGGACAAGAGGACUGGGUUGAGGAAGAUGAAGAGGAGCAGCUGGAUUAUGAGCCAUCCACAGAUGACCAGAAUACCCUCCUCGGGACAGAAGAACUGGGAGAAUGGACGGAGAAAUAUGAUGGAGAACAGAUGGAUUAUGACGGAGAAUUGGAUGCAGAAACUGAGGCCUUUGGUGCAGAACUGGAGGACUUGUUACGUGUUGACCUAGGCAUCAAUAUGGUGUUCAUUCUGCCAGAAAAGUUCUGGGCGGUAGAAGGACAGAAGAACACUCUGGACGGAGACGUAUUUUCCCAAGAAAGUUUUGAAUGCAGGUUGGCAGAAACGGAAGAAAUGCCAGAACAGCAAACAGGCAAUCCCAGGAUAGAAGGAGCAACCCACAAGCUGACAACAGGUCCCCUUUGCUUCUCCAAACCAACCAAAGAAAUGGCAAACCACCUCAGACCCUUGUUCAUAACAGCAAACUUUGGGGGUGUUCCUAUCCCCAAAACCAUGGUAGAUGGAGGUGCAGCCAUCAACCUUCUGCCUCACAGAAUGCUGAGCAAAAUGGGCAGAACAGAGAAGGAUCUAAUCCCAACCCGCCUGACCGUCACCAACUUCGCAGGGGGCAUCACCAAAACCCUUGGGAUUCUGGAUGUAGAUGUCUUGGUAGGAAGCAAGAAGCUGAAGGUUGCAUUCUUUGUGGUAGAUACUACUUCCACCACUUACAAUGCAUUGCUUGGCAGAGAUUGGAUUCAUCAGAGUCUGUGUGUUCCUUCCACUCUUCAUCAACAGUUAGCUUUAUGGAACGAAGAUGGCUACAUGGAGAUAGUAGAGGCCGAUCCACGGCCAUUCCUACCUUCUGCCAUGUGUUGUGAGGCAAGGUACUAUCAUGAUGACCUUGGUCCUUUCACUUUCUUUGGAGUCAACCAGAACGGCCGCCCCCAUGGUGUCACGGCCCAGAGACUCAUUGAAGAAGGUCUAACCAAUUCUUUGGAGGAUUGGAACAGACCUUUUGUCCUAAAUUUCCAAAGCACUGAUGUUUAG